CGCCGGGUCUUCCCCGCGGCUCGCUCCACUUCUGCCCAUACGGACACUUGCGCCCUUCGGGGAUCCGGCCGCCCCGGGAAGCGCCAGGAGGCGGGGACACGGCGACAGCGGAGUGGCGACUCCGCCAGGGACCUGGCCCCGCGGGGGUCUCGGUGCCUGAGGGGCAGUAGGGGCCGUUGGGGGUCCCCGCGCUCCCGGGACGCAGUCGGGGUCCGACCAGGGGCGGGGCGCGCCGCGUUUCCGGGAGGAGCGGCUCUGGCGCGCGCGGCAGGUGCGGCGGCGCCGUUCCCAGGUAAGCGCUCGCAGGUCCGUCCACCCGGGUCUCCUCCGCGCCCGCCCGGACCCCGACCGCUCGCACCCUCACCUGCCCGCCGUGCAGGCGUCUCCACCGCUUCAGUGGGGAACCUCAGGCACCCCCGGGGAGAAUGGGGCAGGGGCCAGGGCAGCCCCGGCGGUGAGGAUAUCCAGCGCGGCUCGCGGCCCCACCCGGCCGGCCCGUCCUCCCAGCUCGCCGGGCACGGCAGCGGGCAGCUUCCGGCUGAGACGGACUAGGGUCGGUGGAGCCCUGGAGGCACCGGCCGGGUGGCCCCCUCUCCAGGCUGAGGGGAGGGCGCACGCGGGGACUCGGCCCUGCAGCUCUCAGACCUCCGGCCUGUAGCGCUCACCCCCUCCUUGGGGAGUGCGGCUUUGGGGUCGCCGUGCCUGGGGGUCAGAAGCCCGGCCUCCCAGGGCCGUCAGCCAUCAUGGCCAGCCCUGAGGAGCCCCAGGAGGAGGGCGAGCAGGAGGGGGCAGCCUCCAUGCUGCAGCAGGCCCAGGAGCUCUUCCUGCUCUGUGACAAGGAGGCCAAGGGCUUCAUCACCCGACAUGACCUGCAGGGCCUGCAGAACGACUUGCCCCUGUCUCCAGAGCAGCUGGAGGCCGUGUUUGAGAGCCUGGACCAGGCCCACAACGGCUUCCUCACAGCCCGCGAGUUCUGCCUUGGCCUGGGGAAGUUUGUGGGUGCAGAGCCCACACAGGGAUUGUCCCCCUCGGACGCCCGGGAGGAAACCUUCGAGGCUGGCUGGUCUGUGCGGGGCUGCCUGGAGGAGGAGGAGGGAGAGGAGCAGCAGAUCUCAGCUCUGUUGGAGCAGCUGGGGGUGGCGCCGGUCCUGGGCGGGCAGGGGGCCGUGCGGGCGCUCUGGGCGCGGCUGCAGCGCGAGCGGCCCGAGCUACUGGGCUCUUUCGAGGACGUGCUGAUGCGCGCCACUGCCUGCCUGGAAGAGGCGGCCCGGGAGCGCGACGGCCUGGAGCAGACACUGCGGCGGCGGGAGAGAGAGCACGACAGGGAGGUGCGUGGGCUGUACGAGGAGCUGGAGCAGCAGGUGCGCCAGCAGCGCCAGCGCCUGCGCACGCAGAGCCUGCCCCGGGAAGAGCGGAGGGGCCGCCUGGAGGCGGAGCUGCUGAGCUGCGAGCAGGAGCUGGAGCGCGCAGGGCUGCGGCAGCGGGAGCUGGAGCAGCAGCUGCAGGCCCGGGCCGCGGAGCAGCUGGAGGCGCAGGCCCAGAACGCGCAGCUGUGGCGGGCGCACGAGGCGCUGCGGGCGCAGCUCGAGGGCGCCCAGGAGCAGCUCCGCCGACUGGAGGACGACGCGCGCGGUCGCCAGGAGCGGACCCAGCGGGAGGUGGUCGCGGUGUCCAGGAACAUGCAGAAGGAGAAAGUGAGCCUGCUGCGGCAGCUGGCGCUGCUCAGGGAGCUGAACACGCGGCUCCGCGACCAGAGGGACGCCAGUGAGGCCCGGCGGCUGGGCGGCGGCCGCAGGAAGACUCUGGCCCCGGCGCGCCCUCCAGGGCCCACGUGCGGCUGCUGGGCUCGGCCCCCAAGGCGCGGCUCCGGCCACCUUUCCGUGGCGCGGUGACUGGCAAGGCCCGGAGGGGCUCCCGCAAUGGGGAUUC